CUUAGAUGGAUAUCAGAAAGUUAUUGGCCCGGAGCAAGGAAGAAGCAGCAGGAAUGAGAGAUGAGGAGCUCCUGUUUGUUGCCGCUCCUCCUCCGUUACGAGCCGGGAGGAGGUGAGGAAGAAGACGAGGAGGAGGAGAGCCGCUCGCCGUGUUUAGGAGGAAGAGGAAGAGGAAGGGGAGAGGACAUUGCAAUCUUUUCUGUGACUCAUCGUUUGGACAUAAAUCAUCCAUUUAGCCCUCCCACUCUACCCGGGAGAUAUUGACGUAGCAUUUUUAGUUUUCAUUUGCACACCAAUGGGAUGUUUUCCUGCCAAAGGCGACAUGCGGUCCAGUGAGCGGCAUGUUGUGGGCUGCACGCCGCUCAGCGCGCACUGAAAGGCGGCUGCAGCGGUGGCGACACCCCGGCCUCUGUCAUCCGCGACCAGCGGGACCGUACCCUACUUUUACCGCGAUUUUGGAUCCCCAUCGUCCCCCGGUGCAGGGGGGUGGGGUCCUGUCACCCAGCCUGCGUCAUCAACAAACUCAAAAGUCCAUGUGCACAACUCCAACCUUCAUCUUGUGAUCAAGAUGGAGAGCGAGAGGAAGAGGAGGAAGUACUCCACCAGCAGCAACGACUCUGACACCACAGACAGUCAGGUGACAUCGUGGUCCAGGUGGUCCAAGAACAUGAACACCAGCAUCACGUGGGUCCGACACCAGCUCAAGAAACCAUCAGAGGUGUUUCGGACCGACUUCAUCACGGCCAUGAAGCUGCCCGACUCGGCCCAGCUCGGCCCGGAUGACUUCUACGUGCUGUCGGACCCUUGGAGACAAGAGUGGGAGAAGGGGGUGCAGGUGCCCGCCAACAUGGAGGCCAACCCGCAGCCUGUGGUUCGGCUACUGCCAGAGUCGACAGCUGUGCUCACCUCCUCGCCCCGGCCUGCGCCAGGCCCACUGUACAGCUGCUACGACCUGGACGACACCGACGUGUCCUGGCUGGACCUCGCCAACCAAGAGUUCAGUCACAUGGCCCAACCAGAACUGGACGAGCUGACGAUGGAGGUGGUCCUGGUGGAGUUUGAGCGCGUGUGCGAGGAGAAAAUGCAGCAGGCCAUCGAGGCAGAGGAGGGUCUCGGCAUCGAGUACGACGAGGACGUGGUGUGCGACGUGUGCCGCUCGCCCGAGGGCGAGGACGGUAACGAGAUGGUCUUUUGCGACAAGUGCAACGUCUGCGUGCAUCAGGCAUGUUACGGCAUUCUGAAGGUGCCGCAGGGCAACUGGUUGUGUCGGAUGUGCGCCCUGGGCGUCCAGCCCAAGUGUCUGCUGUGCCCCAAGAGAGGCGGCGCCCUCAAGCCCACCCGCAGUGGAACCAAGUGGGUCCACGUCAGCUGUGCCUUAUGGAUCCCUGAGGUGAGUAUAGGAUGUCCAGAGAAGAUGGAGCCUAUCACCAAGGUCUCCCACAUCCCUGCCAGUCGGUGGGCUCUGUCCUGCAGCUUGUGUGGCGAGCACACAGGAACCUGCAUACAGUGUUCCAUGCCCUUGUGUGUCGUGGCCUUCCACGUGACCUGCGCCUUCGACCACGGUCUGGAGAUGAGGACCAUCCUGGCCGACAACGACGAAGUCCGUUUCAAGUCCUUCUGUCUGGAGCACAGCGCCGCCUGCGCCUCCAACGGAGCGGCGACCCGCCCCGACCGGCCGUCCGAGCUGGUGUCGCCGGCACAUCCGGUCUCGGCGUCGGAGAAAGCUGAGCGAGACCAGCUGGAGCGGGACAAGGUGAGCCAGAGGAAGCAGAAGCUCCAGGAGCUGGAGGACGAGUUCUACCAACUGGUGGACCCCGCCGAGGUGGCCGAGAACCUGGCGGUGCCCUUCACGCAGGUGGACUUCCUCUACCAGUUCUGGAAGCUGAAGAGGAAGGCCAACUUCAACCAGCCUCUCGUGAACUUAAAGAGGGAUGAAGUGGACAACCCGGCCCAGCAGGAGCAGGACGUCCUCUACAGGCGCCUUAAACUCUUCACGCACCUCCGGCAAGACCUGGAGAGGGUGCGUAACCUGUGCUACAUGGUGACCAGGAGGGAGAAGAUGAAGCUGAGCUUGUGUGAUCUGCAGGAGAAGGUCUUCCACCUGCAGAUCCAGCUGCUGGAAGAGGAUCUGGUUGGAGGUUUGUCCAAGUCCUUCCCGUUGGACAACUCGUUGUUUGACAGCUGGCUGGCCCAGUCGGUGAAGAUCACAGCGGACGACGUGCUCAGCAAGUGGACUCUGGCUUCCCAGCAUCGCGACAAACAUGGCCGCCUGAUCUCCGACCAGCUCCUUCAGGGCGAAAAGAACUUCCUGAAUCUCAUGAUGGAAAAGUCCCUUGAGUCCACUUGGAAAACCCCUCAGCUGGGUCGCAAAUCCCGAGGGAGCUGCAGGCCUCGUGCUCGUGGACUCCCGCUGUCCUCCGGCACCACGCCGCGCGGCACGCUUUUGUGCACCAGGUCUGCAUCCAGUGCGUCCGCCGCGAAGAAGCUGUUGCUUAGCAAAGUGGAAGAAAAGCCAGGAGGUCAGGUGGUGCACAAGGGGGAGCGAUCCAGAGGUUCCUCCAGGGUCCUACACCACCACCACCUUCAUCACCACCAGACCAGGAGUUCUGACCUUCACAGGGACCCGGCGCUGCAACCGCCCAUUUCCAAAAUGGACUCUUGUCACAUCUCGGAGGACCACGGUCCGUGGGAGAGCAACAGUGACGCGUCAUCUCCGAUGUCAUGCUCCACGCCGCGGCUCCGCCUGUCCCGUCAGGUUAAAUCCAGAAUGCGGAACGUCGGUGGACCGGGACCUACUGCUAAGGACUUGUCCUUGCUGGACCCCGCCGAAACGAACGGCUACUUUUCUGACGGAAAGCCGAGCGACUUGGACACACGCUCUGCCGGCCGCAAACUCCGCUUGGCACAGUUGCGUUCCGCCAACGAGGACCUGCUGAGGCGGAGCGUGAUGGCGUCCUAAAUAGGAACAGCAGACUUGUUCUUUUACUAGCGUUUUGACUCCACCUGUGCCCUGUCCAGCAUCCCUGCAGCUGAUUGGCUUCCUAGGAGUAUUUGAAUGUAGCUAUUAGCGUACCGGCUAACACAGGAAACAGACUUUAGUCCUAAAGUCUCACGUUUCCGAACGUUUUGAGUCUACCACCAAGACACACUUUGGGGCAUUGUUGUAAAUAUUCCUACGGAGAUGCUUUCAGGGUCCAAUUGAACAACAAGUGGUGUCGGAAAGCACAACUAUCUAGCAAGUAGCGUUAGGACUGGCUGCUUUGUAGUUUGUGAUUAGAAAUGGAAAAUCUUAAACCCCCUCAGAAAAAUGUUCUGAUGAUUUAAAAACAUAAUAUCAAACUGUGCCUUCUCGCACCCCCCAACCCCGCGCCCCCACCUCAAUCAAAUGGCCGUCAACAAAUUUGUAACAAUCAAAGCCAGAGAACGGCCUCGGCUCUAACGAAUGUCGCCGCCAGCAGGCUCAUGUGGACCUUAAUGAAUCAUUGCAGAGUGCCUAAACAGAUGUAGGAGCAGCUUUGCCAUUAAUCAAGUCUCUUAUCAGCGCAAAGAGCUUUCCUUUCAAGCCCCAAACCUCCCCCCGUCCAUCAGAUAAGUCGGAUCGGAUGGAUCUAUCAGGUUUGCUGAGUUGGUCCAUGGAUUGGUCCAUCUGGCAUGCUGAAGGGGACCUUUUUUGGUCCAUGGAUUGGUCUUUCAGGUGUGCCAAGUGGGACCCUUUUUGGUAAUGUGGAUUGGUCCAAAAGGCAUGCCCUAUGGGACUGUUUGAGCAUGCCAGGGUGGUCCCUCGGGCAUGCCAGGUUGGUCCAACGGUUAUACUGGUUUGAACCCUUUGGAUAUGUCAGAUUGGUCCAACAGGCAUGCCGGGUAGGACUCUUUGAGCAUGGUUGGUCUAUCUGGCAUGCCGGGUUGGUCCAAUGGGCGUGCUGGGUUGGUCCAACAGGCUUGCCGAUUGGGACUCUUUGAGCAAGCCAGGUUUGUCCCUCGGGCAUGCCUGGUUGGUCCAACGGGUAUGCUGGGUAGAACCCUUUGGACAUGCCAGAUUGGUCCAAGAGGCAUGCUGGGUAGGACCCAUUGGACAUGCCAGAUUGGUCUUUCUGGCAUGCCGGGUUGGUCCAAUAGGUAUGCAGGGUUGGUCCAACAGGAAUGCCGGGUGGGACUCUUUGAACAUGCCAGGUUGGUCCAACAGGCAUGCAGGGUGGUACUCUCUGAGCAUGCCAGGUUGGUCCAUCGGGCAUGCUGGGUAGGACCCAUUGGACAUGCCAGAUUGGUCCAAUGAGCAUGCCGGGUUGGUCCAACAGGCAUGCGGGGUAGGACUCUUUAAGCAUGCCGGGUUGGUCUAUCUGGCAUGCCGGGUGGGACUCUUGAACAUGCCAGGUUGGUACCUCGGGUAUGCCGGGUUGGUCCAACGGGUAUGCUGGGUAGAACCCUUUGGACAUGCCAGAUUGUUCCAACAGGCAUGCAGGGUGGUACUCUCUGAGCAUGCCAGGUUGGUCCAACAGGUAUGCUGGGUAGAACCCUUUGGACAUGCCAGAUUGUUCCAAUAGGCAUGCAGGGUGGUACUCUCUGAGCACACCAGGUUGGUCCCUCAGGCAUGCUGGGUAGGACCCAUUGGACAUGCCAGAUUGGUCCAAUGGGCAUGCCGGGUCGGUCCAACAAGCAUGCCGUGUAGGACUCUUUGAGCAUGCCGGGUUGGUCUAUCUGGCAUGUAGGGUUGGUCCAAUGGGCAUGCCGGGUGGGUGUCUUUGAGUAUGCCAGGUCGGUAAAACAGGUAUGCUAGGUAGAACCCUUUGGACAUGCCAGAUUGGUCCAACAGGCAUGCCGGGUGGUACUCUCUGAGCGUGCCAGGUUGGUCCAUCGGGCAUGCUGGUUCGGACCCUUUGGACAUGCCAGAUUGGUCCAAUGGGCAUGCCGGAUUGGUCUAUCUGGCAUGCCGGGUUGGUCCAAUGGGCAUGCAGCGUUGGUCCAACAGGAAUGCCGGGUGGGACUCUUUGAGCAUGCCAGGUUGGUCCGUCGGGCAUGCCGGGUUGGUUCAACUGGCAUGUUGGGUAGGACCCUUUGGACAUGCCAGAUUGGUCCAAUGGGCAUUCCGAGUUGGUCCAACAGGCAUGCUUCGUAGGACACUUUGAGCAUGCUGGGUUGGUCCAAAGGGUAUCCAGGGUUGGUCCAACAGGACUCUUGGAGCAUGCCAAGUUGUUCUAUCGGGCAUUCUGCGUAGGACCCUGUGUACAUGCCAGAUUUGUCCAACGGGAGUCUCUGAGCAUGUUGGGUUGGUCCAACAGGACUCUUGGAGCAUGCCAAGUUGGUCCAUCGGGCAUGCUGCGAAGGACCCUUUGCCAGAUUUGUCCAACGGGACUCUCUGAGCAUGCUGGGUUGGUACAAUGGGCAUACAGGGUUGGUCCAACAGGCAUGCUAAAUAUGGACUCUUUGGACAUGCCAGAUUGGUCCAACGGGCAUGCUGGGUUGGUCUAACAGGCAUGCUUGGAGGGACUCUUUGAGCAUGCUGGGUCGGACCCUCUGGACAUGCCAGAGUGGUCCAACGGGCAUGCUGAAUUGGUCCGUUUUGGCAUGCCGUGUGGGACACUUCAGGCAUGCCCGGUUGGUCCCUUUGGUCGGGUCGGUUCAUCGAAAAAGCCGGAUUAGUCUAUCGGACUUUUGUUGUAACUCGGCGACACGUUACGUCGUUAAAAUAAAAGAAGAUAUUUGCUGUUUUUGUGCAGAAUUUUCUGUGCUUAUCUCAGGGUUUAAAACAACUUUUAGAAAACGGUUGAAAAAAAAUAUAUGGAAUUUAAAAAGCUACAUUUUAUUUUGUGUAUAAAACUAAAUCAACACUUUGUUUUUUUUAAUUGUAACUAAGAUUGUUGCUUAUAUAUAAAUAUAAAGAUGGUGACGCGUGUAUGUCGACAAACUUCCAUAUUGGACGAGCUCCGCGGCAACUACUGACUGAGCGCCUUCCUUCUUUUAGUCACAUGAUUGCUCGGACCAAUCAGCUGAGAGCGUGGUCACGUGACCGCCCCCGUCGCCAGCGCAAGUGAGCUGAAAGUGAAGCUUGGGCAACGGCGAUGUUUUUAGAUGUGGUGUUAUGGGGCAGUCUACUUCCCGGUUCAUUGUUGCUACGCUAACGGGCUAACUCCGACACAUUUGCUGCUAAAAUCCACACACACACACACACACACACACACACACACAGCAGGUUUGGUGUAACAGGGUUUGACGGCGUAUGCGCUCCUUACAGGUUGUUAUCAUUGCUGGUCCUUUUGUGGCCCGCCAGCGCCCCCAGUGGUAGGAAUUGGGAAACCGUCAACAUAAUCGAUGUUCUUCAGAGUAGCCUGAAUGUCGGUGACGACGUGACAGACACGUGGUAGCGAGGCCGCAAAACGUGGGCGGGGCUAAAAAUGUACUUCCAUAGUAGUGUACACAAGUACUUCCUUGGUAGUGUACACAAAUUUAAUUCUUUGGUAGUGUGCACAAAUGUACUUCCUUGGUAGUGUACACAAGUACUUCCUUGGUAGUGUACACAAAUUUAAUUCUUUGGUAGUGUACACAAAUGUACUUCCUUGGUAGUGUACACAAGUACUUCCUUGGUAGUGUACACAAAUUUAAUUAUUUGGUAGUGUGCACAAAUGUACUUCCUUGGUAGUGUACACAAGUACUUCCUUGGUAGUGUACACAAAUUUAAUUCUUUGGUAGUGUGCACAAAUGUACUUCCUUGGUAGUGUACACAAAUAUACUUCCAUGGUAGUGUACACAAAUUUACUUCCAUGGUAGUGUACACAAAUUUAAUUAUUUGGUGGUGUACACAAAUAUACUUCCUUGGUAGUGUACACAAAUAUACUUCCAUGGUAGUGUACACAAAUUUAAUUCUUUGGUAGUGUACACAAAUAUACUUCCUUGGUAGUGUACACAAAUAUACUUCCAUGGUAGUGUACACAAAUAUACUUCCAUGGUAGUGUACACAAGUACUUCCAUGGUAGAGUACACAAAUUUACUUCCUUGGUAGUGUACACAAAUUUACUUCCAUGGUAGUGUACACAAAUUUAAUUCUUUGGUAGUGUACACAAAUAUACUUCCUUUGUAGUGUACACAAAUGUACUUCCUUGGUAGUGUACACAAAUUUAAUUCUUUGGUACUGUACACAAAUUUAAUUCUUUGGUAGUGUACACAAGUACUUCCUUGGUAGUGUACACAAAUUUAAUUCCUUGGUAGUGUGCACAAAUUUAAUUCUUUGGUAGUGUACACAAGUACUUCCUUGGUAGUGUACACAAAUUUAAUUCUUUGGUAGUGUACACAAAUGUACUUCCUUGGUAGUGUGCACAAAUUUAAUUCUUUGGUAGUGUACACAAGUACUUCCUUGGUAGUGUACACAAAUUUAAUUCCUUGGUAGUGUACACAAAUUUAAUUCCUUGGUAGUGUACACAAAUGUACUUCCUUGGUAGUGUACACAAAUUUAAUUCUUUGGUAGUGUACACAAAUGUACUUCCUUGGUAGUGUACACAAAUUUAAUUCUUUGGUAGUGUACACAAAUGUACUUCCCUGGUAGUGUACACAAGUACUUCCAUUGUAGAGUACACAAAUGUAAUUCCUUGGUAGUGUACACAAAUUGACUUCCAUGGCUGUGCACAAAAAUGUACUUCCAUAGUAGUGUACAAAAAUGUACUUCCAUGGUAGUGUACACAAAUUUAAUUCCAUGGUAGCGUACACAAAUGUACUUCCUUGGUAGAGUACACAAAUAUACUUCCAUGGUAGUGUACACAAUUAUUUCCAUGGUAGUGUACACAAGUACUUCCUUGGUAGUGUACACAAUUAACCUUCCAUGGUAGUAUACACAAGUACUUCCUUGGUAGUGUACACAAAUAUACUUCCAUAGUAGUGUACACAAAUGUACUUCCUUGGUAGUGUACACAAAUUUAAUUCCUUGGUAGUGUACACAAAUUUAAUUCUUUGGUAGUGUACACAAGUACUUCCUUGGUAGUGUACACAAAUUUAAUUCCUUGGUAGUGUACACAAAUUUAAUUCCUUGGUAGUGUACACAAAUGUACUUUCUUGGUAGUGUACACAAAUUUACUUCUUUGGUAGUGUACACAAAUUUACUUCCAUGGUCGUGUACAAAAAAAUUACUUCAUUAGUAGUGUACACAAAUAUUUCCAUAGUAGUGUACACAAGUAAUUCCAUGGUAGUGUACACAAAUGUACUUCCAUGGUAGUGUACACAAGUAUUUCCUUGGUAGUGUACACAACUGUAUCUUUAUGGUAGGGUACACAAGUCUACCUCUGUAUAGUGUACACAAAAAAUACUUCUAAGGGAUUGUACACAAUAAUACCUCUCAGGGAGUGUACACAAAUGUACUUCUAAGGGAGUGUACACGAUACUACCUCUAAGGGAGUGUACACAAAUGUACUUCCAUAGGAGUGUACACAAUAUACUUGUAUAGUAGUGUACAUGAAUAAACUUCUAAGGUUUUGUAGACUACUAUAGUAUACUUCUAUAGUAGUGUACACAAACUUAUGUAGUACUGCACACUACUAUAGAAGUACAUUUGUGUACAUUACGACAAUAUACUGUACUUUUAUAGUAGUGUACACAAAUAACAUUUAUAGUGAUGUACACUCCUCUGGAAGUACAUUUGUGUACACUACUAUUAUAUCCUGUACUUGUAUAGUAGUGUACACAAACUUCUGUAGUAUGGCACACUACUAUAGAAGUAGAUGUAUGUACAUUACUACAAUAUACAGUACUUUUAUAGUAAUGUACACAAAUAAUGUUUAUAGUACUGUACACUCCUAUGGAAGUACAUUUCUGUACACUACUAUAAUAUCCUGUACUUGUAUAGUAGUGUACACAAAUAUACUUCUUUAGUAGUGUACACAAACUUCUGUAGUACUGUACAGUACAAUAACAGUACAUUUGUGUAAAUUACUACAAUAUACUGUACUUUUAUGGUAGGGUACGCAAAUUAUUUUAUAGUGUACAUAAACUUCUAUAGUACUGUACACUACUAUAGAAGUACAUUUGUGUACAUUACGACAAUAUACUGUACUUUUAUAGUAGUGCGCAGAAAUAUACUUCUAUAGUAGUGUACACAAACUUCUGUAGUACAGUACACUACUAUAGAAGUACAUUUGUGUACAUUACUACAAUUUACUGUACUUUUAUAGUAGUGUACACAAAUAUACUUCUAUAGUAGUGUAAACAAACUUCUAUAGUACAGUACACUACUAUAGAAGUACAUUUGUGUACAUUAUGACAAUAUACUGUACUUUUAUAGUAGUGUACACAAAUAUACUUAUAUAGUGUACACAAACUUCUAUAGUACAGUACACUACUAUAGAAGUAGAUUUGUGUACAUUACGACAAUAUACUGUACUUUUAUAGCAGUGUACACAAAUCUACUUCUAUAGUAGUGUACACAAACUUUUUUAGUACAGUACACUACUAUAGAAGUACAUUUGUGUACAUUACAACAAUAUACUGUACUUUUAUAGUAGUGUACACAAAUAUACUUCUAUAGUGUACACAAACUUCUGUAGCACAGUACAUUACUAUAGAAGUAGAUUUGUGUACAUUACUACAAUUUACUGUACUUUUAUAGUAGUGUCCACAAAAAUACUUUUAUAGUAGUGUACACAAACUUCUGUAGUACUGUACACUACGAUAAAAGUAGAUUUGUGUACAUUACUACAAUAUACUGUACUUUUAUGGUAGUGUACGCAAAUUAUUUUUAUAGUGUACACAAACUUCUAUAGUACUGUACACUACUAUAGAGGUACAUUUGUGUACAUUACGACAAUAUUCUGUACUUUUAUAGUAGUGUACACAAAUAUAGUAGUGUACACAAACUUCUAUAGAAGUGUACAUUAAUAUAGAAGUACAUUUGUUUACAUUACUACAAUAUACUGUACUUUUAUAGUAGUGUACACAAAAAUACUUCUAUAGUAGUGUACACAAACUUAUGUAAUACAGUACACUACUAUAGAAGUAGAUUUGUGUACACUACAAUAUACUGUUCUUUUAUAGUAGUGUACACAAAAAUACUUCUAUAGUAGUGUACACAAACUUAUGUAGUACAGUACACUACUAUAGAAGUAGAUUUGUGUACAUUACUACAAUAUACUGUACUUUGAUAGUAGUGUACACAAAAAUACUUCUUUAGUAGUGUACACAAAUUUCUGUAGUACAGUACACUACUAUAGAAGUAUAUUUGUGUACAUAACUACAAUUUACUUUACUUUGAUAGUAGUGUACUCAAGUAUAGUAGUGUACACAAACUUCUAUAGAAGUGUACACAAACUUAUGUAGUACAGUACACUACUAUAGAAGUAGAUUUGUGUACACUACAAUAUACUGUUCUUUUAUAGUAGUGUACACAAAUAUACUUCUAUAGUAGUGUACACAAACUUCUGUAGUACUGUACACAACUAUAAAAGUAGAUUUGAGUACAUCACGACAAUAUACUGUACUUUGAUAGUAGUGUACACAAAAAUACUUCUUUAGUAGUGUACACAAAUUUCUGUAGUACAGUACACUACUAUAGAAGUAUAUUUGUGUACAUAACUACAAUUUACUGUACUUUGAUAGUAGUGUACUCAAGUAUAGUAGUGUACACAAACUUCUAUAGAAGUGUACAUUACUAUAGAAGUACAUUUGUUUACAUUACGACAAUAUACUGUACUUUUAUAGUAGUGUACACAAAUAUAGUAGUGUACACAAAAAUACUUCUAUAGUAGUGUACACAAAUUUCUGUAGUACAGUACACUACUAUAGAAGUAUAUUUGUGUACAUAACUACAAUUUACUGUACUUUGAUAGUAGUGUACUCAAGUAUACUUCUAUAUUAGUGUACACAAACUUCUAUAGUACAGUACACUACUAUAGAAGUACAUUUGUGUACAUUACGACAAUAUACUGUACUUUUAUAGUAGUGUACACAAAUAUACUUCUAUAUUAGUGUACAUAAAUAUACUUCUAUACUGGCUAUUUACAGUGAGGCUUCAAUGCCCUCUCCUACCUUCCUUGUGUCCUUCCUUCCUUUCUUCCUCAGCUUCCUUAGUCCUAGACAGGAGUCUCGGCACGCGUGUCAAGUAGUUGCUAAAAGUUUGCUGUGUUGUGCGCUACUUUUGACGUUGUAUCAGAUUGGUUGCCAAAGUGCGUCCUGUACUUUGUUGUACUCAAUGACUGCCAACCAUGGCUGGUCAUGUGACCUGCACCAAUAUUCUACUAAUGAAUCAAUGCUAUAUUGUGUACAAACACAUGGGCAGACUGUCAUGUGCAUGCCAGAGCAGCAGGUGGCAGUAACUCUUUAUUACAACAGAAUGAGUAGUUUUAAUGUUCCCUUGUCACGUUCCUUUUUUUUUUUCCAAUGUACGUGCACUUUUGUUAUUCUUCUUUCUCCUCUUUAUUCCGAACUCAGUUUGUUUCGGAGGGUAGCAAACGGAACGAAGUGAACAUUUCCAAACUUGUCUUUUCUCUAACCGCUAAAACGCCACAUUCACACAUUCUACACUAUUCUGGUUCCGAUGCGUUAACACGUUUUAUUAUUGCGGCUACGAUACUUUAACAAGAUUGCUAAUCUGCUUCCGAUGCGUAAACACGUUUGUGAUUCUGGUUCCAAUGUAUUAAUACAUUUGUGAUUCAGGUUCCGAUGCGUUAACCCGUUUGCGAUUCUGGUUUUGAUGCUUGAACAUGUUUGCAAUUCUGGUUCCGAUGCGUAAACAUGUUUGCGUUUCUGGUUCUGAUGCGUAAACAUGUUUGCGAUUCGAGUUCCGAUGUUUUAACAGCGUUUGUGAUUCUGGUUCCGAUGUAUUAACACGUUUUCGUUUCGGGUUCUGAUGCGUUAACACGUUUGCGAUUCAGGUUCUGAUGUGUUAACACGUUUGCGAUUCCGGUUCCGAUGCGUAAACAUGUUUGUGAUUCUGGUUCCAAUGUAUUAACACAUUUACGAUUCGGGUUCCGAUGCGUUAACACGUUUGCGAUUCUGGUUUUGAUGCGUGAACAUGUUUGCGAUUCUGGUUCUGAUGCGUAAACAUGUUUGCGAUUCGAGUUCCGAUGUUUUAACAGCGUUUGCGAUUUUGGUUCCGAUGUAUUAACACGUUUUCGAUUUGGGUUCUGAUGUAUUAAGACGCUCCCAAUUCUGGUUCUGAUGCGUUAACACACUGCAUAUAUUAAUUCCGAUACGUUAACACGUUUACUAUUCUGGUUCCGGUGCAUCAACACGUUUGCGAUUCGGGUUCUGAUGCGUUAACACGUUUGCGAUUUUGGUUCCGAUGCGUAAACAUGUUUGUGAUUCUGGUUCCAAUGUAUUAACACAUUUGCGAUUCGGAUUCCGAUGCGUUAACACGUUUGCGGUUCUGGUUUUGAUGCGUGAACAUGUUUGCGAUUCUGGUUCCGAUGCGUAAACAUGUUUGCAAUUCUGGUUCUGAUGCGUAAACAUGUUUGCGAUUCGAGUUCCGAUGUUUUAACAGCGUUUGCGAUUUUGGUUCCGAUGUAUUAACACGUUUUCGAUUUGGGUUCUGAUGUAUUAAGACGCUCCCAAUUCUGGUUCUGAUGCGUUAACACACUCCAUAUAUUAAUUCCGAUACGUUAACACGUUUACUAUUCUGGUUCCGGUGCAUCAACACGUUUGCGAUUCGGGUUCUGAUGCGUUAACACGUUUGCGAUUUUGGUUCCGAUGCGUAAACAUGUUUGUGAUUCUGGUUCCAAUGUAUUAACACAUUUGCGAUUCGGAUUCCGAUGCGUUAACACGUUUGCGGUUCUGGUUUUGAUGCGUGAACAUGUUUGCGAUUCUGGUUCCGAUGCGUAAACAUGUUUGCGAUUCUGGUUCUGAUGCGUAAACAUGUUUGCGAUUCGAGUUCCGAUGUUUUAACAGCGUUUGCGAUUUAGGUUUCGAUGUAUUAACACGUUUUCGAUUUGGGUUCUGAUGUAUUAAGACGCUCUCAAUUCUGGUUCCGAUGCGUUAACACACUCCAUAUAUUAAUUCCGAUACGUUAACACGUUUACUAUUCUGGUUCCGAUGCAUUAACACGUUUGCUAUUCUGGUUCCGAUGCAUGAACAAGUUUGCAAUUCUGACUCCGAUGCGUUAACACGAUUGCGAUCCUGGUUCUGAUACAUUAACACGCUCCCUAGUCUGGUUAAGAUGUGUUAAAACACUCCCUAUUGUGAUUCCGAUACGUUAACACGUUUGCUAUUCUGGUUCCCAUGUGUUCUGGUUCCCUGUUCUGGUUGAGAUUUGUUAACAGUUUUGCUAUUCUGGUUCCGAUGUUAACAUGCUUGCUAUUCUGCUUCCGAUACGUUAACACGUUUGCUAUCGUAGUUCCACUGCAUGAACACAUUUGCAAUUCUGAUUCCGACGCGGUAACACGUUUGCUAUUCUAGUUGUGAUACGUUAAGACGAUGCCUAUUCUGGUUCCGAUGUGUUAACGUAUCGGAAUGAGAAUAUGGAGUGUGUUAACACGUUUGCUAUUCUGGUUCCCAUGCGUUAACACGUUUACUAUUCUUGUUACGAUAUGUUAACACUUUUGCUAUUCUGGUUCCGAUGCGUGAACACAUUUGCUAUUCUGCUUCCGAUGUGUUAACACGCUCGCUAUUCUGCUUCCAAUGCGUUAACACGUUUACUAUUCUGGUUCUGAUGCGUUAACACGUUUAAUAUUCUGGUUUUGAUGCGUUAACACGUUUACUAUUCUGGUUCUGAUGCGUUAACUAACAUGUUUGAAAUUCUGGUUCCGAUGCGUUAACACGCUCGCUAUUCUGGUUCCGAUGUGUUAACACUUUUACUAUUCUGGUUACGAUGCGUUAACACGUAUACUAUUCUGGUUCUGAUGCGUUAACUAACAUGUUUGAAAUUCUGGUUCCGAUGCGUUAACACGCUCGCUAUUCUGCUUCCGAUGGGUUAACACUUUUGCUAUUCUGGUUCCGAUGCGUUAACACAUUUGCUAUUCUGGUUCCGAUGCGUUAACACAUUUACUAUUCUGGUUCUGAUGCGUUAACUAACAUGUUUGCAAUUCUGGUUUCGAUGCGUAACACAUUUGCUAUUCUGCUUCCGCUGCGCUGCGUUAACACGCUCGCUAUUCUGGUUCCGAUGUGUUAACACGUUUACUAUUCAGGUUCCGAUGCGUUAACUAACAUCUUUGCUAUUCUGCUUCCGAUGUGUUAACUAACAUGUUUGCUCUUCUGGUUCCGAUGCGUUAACACGUUUGCUAUUCUGGUUCCGAUGCAUUAACUAACACGUUUAAUAUUCUGCUUCAAUUGCGUUAACACGCUCGCUAUUCUGGUUCCGAUGCGUUAACACGUUUACUAUUCUGGUUCCGAUGUGUUAACACAUUUGUUAUUCUGUUUCCGAUGCGUUAACACAUUUGCUAUUCUGCUUCCGAUGCAUUACCAUGCUCGCUAUUCUGGUUCUGAUGCGUUAACACGUUUACUAUUCUGCUUCCGAUGCGUUAACACGUUUACUAUUCUGGUUCGGAUGCGUUAAGUAACAUGUUUGCUAUUCUGGUUCCAAUGCGUUAACACGUUUGCUCUUUGGUUCCGACGCGUUAACACGUUUGCUAUUCUGGUUCCGAUGCGUUCACACGCUCGCUAUUCUGGUUCCGAUGCGUUAACGUUUACUAUUCUGGUUCCGAUGCGUUCACACGCUCGCUAUUCUGGUUCCGAUGCGUUAACACAUUUGCUAUUUUGCUUCCGAUGCGUUAACACGUUUACUAUUCUGGUUCCGAUGCGUUAACACAUUUGCUAUUUUGCUUCCGAUGUGUUAACACGUUUACUAUUCUGGUUCCGAUGCGUUGACUAACAUGUUUGCUAUUCUGGUUCCAAUGCGUUAACACGUUUGCUCUUUGGUUCCGACGCGUUAACACGUUUGCUAUCCUGGUUCCUAUGCGUUAACACGUUUACUAUUCUGGUUCCAAUGCGUUAACACAUUUGCUAUUUUGCUUCCGAUGCGUUAACACGUUUACUAUUCUGGUUCCGAUGCGUUAACUAACAUGUUUAGUAUUCUGGUUCCGAUGCGUUAACUAACAUGUUUAGUAUUCUGGUUCCAAUGCGUUAACACGUUUGCUCUUUGGUUCCAAUGCGUUAACACGUUUGCUAUUCUGGUUCCGAUGCUUUCACACGUUUACUAUUCUGGUUCCGAUGCGUUAACACAUUUGCUAUUCUGCUUCAGAUGAGUUAACAUGUUUGCUAUUCUGGUUCCGAUGCGUUAACUAACAUGUUUGCUAUUCUGCUUCAGAUGAGUUAACACGUUUGCUAUUCUGGUUCCGAUGCGUUCACACGCUCGCUAUUCUGGCUAUGAUGCGUUAGCACGCUACCUAUUCUGGUUCCGAUGCGUUCACACGCUCGCUAUUCUGGUUCCGAUGCGUUAACGUUUACUAUUCUGGUUCCGAUGCGUUCACACGCUCGCUAUUCUGGUUCCGAUGCGUUAACACAUUUGCUAUUUUGCUUCCGAUGCGUUAACACGUUUACUAUUCUGGUUCCGAUGCGUUAACACAUUUGCUAUUUUGCUUCCGAUGUGUUAACACGUUUACUAUUCUGGUUCCGAUGCGUUGACUAACAUGUUUGCUAUUUUGGUUCCAAUGCGUUAACACGUUUGCUCUUUGGUUCCGACGCGUUAACACGUUUGCUAUCCUGGUUCCUAUGCGUUCACACGUUUACUAUUCUGGUUCCAAUGCGUUAACACAUUUGCUAUUUUGCUUCCGAUGCGUUAACACGUUUACUAUUCUGGUUCCGAUGCGUUAACUAACAUGUUUAGUAUUCUGGUUCCGAUGCGUUAACUAACAUGUUUAGUAUUCUGGUUCCAAUGCGUUAACACGUUUGCUCUUUGGUUCCAAUGCGUUAACACGUUUGCUAUUCUGGUUCCGAUGCUUUCACACGUUUACUAUUCUGGUUCCGAUGCGUUAACACAUUUGCUAUUCUGCUUCAGAUGAGUUAACAUGUUUGCUAUUCUGGUUCCGAUGCGUUAACUAACAUGUUUGCUAUUCUGCUUCAGAUGAGUUAACACGUUUGCUAUUCUGGUUCCGAUGCGUUCACACGCUCGCUAUUCUGGCUAUGAUGCGUUAGCACGCUACCUAUUCUGGUUCCGAUGCGUUACCAAACGUUGUACAAACCGCCAUAGCAGAGGAUUUGUGAUAGACUUGACUUUUACCAAAUUAAAAAACCUACAACUGAGGAAAAAAUUAGAUCUCGAGUGUUCAGACUACAUGCACUUCCUGUUUCACUUAAAUCUUGAUAUUAACUGAAACGUGGUUUACACCGUUGUGGUGAAGAAGGAGCUGAGCCGGAAGGCAAAGCUCUCAAUUUACCGGUCGAUCUACGUUCCCAUCCUCACCUAUGGUCAUGAGCUUUGGGUCAUGACCGAAAGGAUAAGAUCACGGGUACAAGCGGCCGAAAUGAGUUUCCUCCGCCGUGUGGCGGGGCUCUCCCUUAGAGAUAGGGUGAGAAGCUCUGCCAUCCGGGAGGAACUCAAAGUAAAGCCGCUGCUCCUCCACAUGGAGAGGAGCCAGAUGAGGUGGUUCGGGCAUCUGGUCAGGAUGCCACCCGAACGCCUCCCUAGGGAGGUGUUUAGGGCACGUCCAACCGGUAGGAGGCCACGGGGAAGACCCAGGACACGUUGGGAAGACUAUGUCUCCCGGCUGGCCUGGGAACGCCUCGGGAUCCCCCGGGAAGAGCUAGACGAAGUGGCUGGGGAGAGGGAAGUCUGGGUUUCCCUGCUUAGGCUGUUGCCCCCGCGACCCGACCUCGGAUAAGCGGAAGAUGAUGGAUGGAUGGAUGGAUGGUUUACACCAAACAGUAGUUUGGUACAGUGCGUCUUUUUUGGCAUUUCCACUAAAAAGACCCAAAAAAAACAGUAUAUUCAUAAAAAAUGACAACAUAGAAAGUUAUUGGUGUUUAUUUUCAGCAAAGUUAUUCAUAAUUUCACAGCGAACCGUUGCACUGUUUUCUGUCAGUAGGGGGCAGCACAUUUUCUAAAGGUGCCGCCCUCUACCCGCUCAUGGUUGCCUCCUGAGGCACAAAGCAGUAUUGCAAGUCACGCGGUUUUUUUCUAUGUCCUAUUUGUUUUUUGUUUGUUUUUGUUUUUUCAAAUAAGAAUAACUUUACUUCCCCUCAGGAUUUAAAUGUAGUGUGUGCAGUUUCCUCGGCUAAACUUGAUUUCCAAGCACUUGUUUUCUAAGCACUUCCAAGUUUAUUUGCGUGACGUUUUCCUCUUUUUUUGUCCUCAUCAGCGUCUUGCAGGCUGUCCUAAUCGUCCUGAAAUCCAAUUGAUGUUAAUAUGUUGCAAGAAUGUUAAUAGCAAAGAUGAAUAUUCAACAUAUAUGGAGAGAACAAAUACAAGAGCUAUUUUUAAAUUAUUUUAGCCUUUUUUUGUUUGUUUUUGCUCUAUUUAUUUUCUUGUAUUAGAAUCUUCUUUGUAGGAGACAACUUUGUAAAGAAAGUGUAUUUUUCAUUCAUAGUGCAAAAAAAAAAAAAAAGCUAUUUUCUUCCUUUUUGUACAAUUUCCACGUUUUGAAGGCAGACUUUGAAAGCAAUAUGAUGUCCGUCUUGUGACGUAUUUGCAUGCUUUGUGUUGCCUUAAUCACCGCAGCGCCCCACUUUGGACCCCGCCCACCCUUCCUCAAACCCCACCCCUUUCCGGUGGCAUCCCGCCUACUCGGGUCCAUUGGCGUCAAUAAAGCGAUGCUUUGUGUGUCUAGGCU